AUGGCGGAUUUUUAUGAUAUCAAAAAUGCCAGUGUAGAAGAUUUCGACGAAAUUGUUCUUUUCUUUUUUUCGCCAAGCAUUAAGUUUUUCGGGGAACCUCUUGGGAAACAACUCUCGCCCCAAACGUAUUUCAGUCGCUACGUAAGCCAUCGUUUACUGAUACGCAAGAUAGACGCUACCAAUGCUAUUGUUGGUUAUGCCGAGUUGAAUAAUUCGCCUUACAUGCCCGCUUUACUUGAAGAUUGCUGGAUGGACUGGUUGACCUUCCACUAUUGUACACGCUUACCCUUAAGUGUGACAAACACUUAUUUUUUCAAUACAUUCGUUUACAACGACAGUCAUAAUCCGCAAAUGUUGAAACAGAUUGUUGAGGAAUUCUUUUUCCGCGAGAAUAAAAUACGUUUCAUAAUUACGGCGGAAGCUCCAGACUGCCCUAGUGCAUAUAGUGCUUACAGCCAUGGUCGUCCAAGUUUCCAGUGCCUGGAAGCUGUUAGUCAUAUCUUUUAUCCGGUAUGUUUCAGUGCUAUUACCUGUCCCAACACUGAAUGCAUCCAUGUCAUAUAUCGCGACGAAAUGAUAUCGACAAUGCGUUACCGUUUGGCGUUACCCGAAGAUAAUGAUGAUAUCGUUGAGAUUGUUCAUGCUGAUCGACCAGAACUGAAAGAGAGUUUAGGUGAUUUCUAUAUAGCUGAAGAAUUGCUCGCAACAAGCAGCAAAAGUUUACUGAUAAUAACCGAGAUUCAUAAUAUUACAAGCGGUUUUGUAUGGUUGAAUGAAGAUCUUCAUUUCUAUACAUUGUUGGAAAAUUUUCAAUUGGAUAUGUUCGGCAAUCUGAUGAAAUUCGAUCCGAAAUUGAGAUUCCGUGAGAAAGGGAUAAGAAUUAAUGUUGCCACAACAACUGCCGCACAUUUACUUUUCACCUCCGAAGCGAUUCAAAAUCUUUACGACUCGAAAUCUUUAGACUCAUUAUCACUUUCGCUAGGUAGCGAAGGUAGUACACUCUAUUUCAGUGAUCAAGCUGAGUUCUUGGCCAAAUGUCAAUUGUUAGAUCAAAAUUUGGAAGAUCCCGAUCACUACGUUAAAGUACAACCAGUAAACCAUGCAUUUCGUUAUAAUAUGCCUGACGAUGUUGAAAAUUUUCCCUACGAUGGUUACCCUAAUGCCUUUUCCAUACAACUGUUCGGCUUGACGGAAAAGCAUGAUCCUCGUCGUAUGUAUAGUUUUCUUAGUACAGCAUUUGUAGCAUUUCCCGAUCGUGACUAUUGUUUACUCUCCGUAUCGGUAACGAUAAGUAUGACUCCCGUCUUGUUUGAAGUGUUGAAAUACUUUUUAAGAGCUACCCCACGUCCUGGUUGCAAAAUUGAUGAACAUCUUUACAUAACCCAUCGUUCAGCGAUUUAUGGAGAUUUAAGUAUUGUUCGUCUACGACCGAAAGAUAAGCAAGAUAUUUUAAAUCUGUUCGCCGAACCUGAAACAGUAGAACUAGUAACAAGACGAACGACAACGAGAAGUACAUUUAUUGCUUCACGUGUAUCUAUGAUAUCCAAUGUUCAAGACAUGUCUAAAAUGACUAUGUCCGAAGAUGUCAGAAAUCAAGCUGCAUUCGAUAGAAAAAGUGUGAAUGCAUAUCUUGAUCAUAUAUUAGAAAAUUCUUGUUCUUCGUAUCAGUGCUUUACCAUAAGAUGCGGUAAUUCAACUAAGCCACCAGACGAAAAUAGUCUCAUUGGAUUUGUUAUUAUUAAGCCUUUUCUUUACAAUAUUUCGUUACAUAAGCAUUAUAUAUUACCGAAAACUGACGAAAAUGUUAAUUUAUUCAAUGCCGAACUGCUUGCUCUAAAAUUGCAUCCAUUCUUUCACAAUCAAGCUGAUGUAAUAUUCCGCGAAUUGGCCCGUCAGACAUACUAUCGUCAAUUUUAUUAUUUUAAACCUUCGCGUAGCAUGGCUGUAUGUAAUGAUUUAAUAACCAAUAUGCAACCAGUGGAGCCGCGUCGUAUCAAGAAAGUUUGGUUUUGUAAUUUCAUGCCGCCUCUUGCGAACAAACAUAAAUUUAUGUCAAUGUUCAGUGUCGAGGACGAAGAUUUGGAUACGCCCACAAUCGAUUAUCUUAAUGAUAGCUACUCUUUGUUCUCAAACAAUUUACGUCCUUCAAUAUUUUUCGGUAAUGCCACUAAUAUCGUCGUCAUUGGUUUCGGUGAUAUGUGCAAAGCUCUUUUACGUUGUUUGAUUUUCAGCAAACACAUGUGCACUAAUAAUUAUUUACCUUCUUUAAAUAUUACCGUAAUUGCAAAUGCAGGAGUCGUAGAAGCCGAAUACGAUUUUAAAUUUCAAUGUGAAUUUUGUGAGAAUCAGGACAAUUGUUAUAUUAAUUUUAAUAGUGCAGACGCUUUUGUAAGGGAUGUUUCCGAUCGUUUGGAUACGCGACUUUGGGUCCGUUUCUUUGGUGGCACCGUAAGCGAUAUAAACUUAAUAAAAAGAACGGUAGUGUUGGAGAAAGGCUGCGAUGUUUACUAUGAAACGUUAUUGCUGAUGUGCGACACAGACUUUGAGAUGCCGGAAGUUCUAGCAAACUAUGAAACGAGAAAGCCAGCAAAUUAUAUACAAAUAAAUAGUCGCUUCGAUAAAAUUAUGGCCUAUCAUAAGCUGCGUGCCCUUCAGGCAACGCCAUCGGAUGUUAAGCGAAAGAUCGUUGUUUAUGGUGCUCAUAUCCGAACAUUUGAGUUUAUAAACUUCUUGGUUACACACGGAGUCGCCGGUAAAGAUGUGAUCUUAAUAUCGCCAUAUUCGAAAGAAGGUGCUCAACGCCGUCUAGUACUGAAUAAUUGCACUGUCGAUGUAAAUAUUGAACAUGUACUCAAAGAAAUGGUUGAAGAUUUGGGCGUACAAAUUAACGAUCAAAUGAGUUUAGAAGAAUUCGAAUUAUACAGCGACAAUAGGACCUUGAAAUGUGUAAAAUUUAAAGGUCUUCAUAGCGAUAAAACAAUGGAGAUCGAAUGCGAUUUGUUCGUUUGCUUCGAAGAUAAGUUUUUAUCGAAAGAAACGAUUGAAAUGCUGGAAAUGACUGGUUUGGCUAUGGACUCAGGACGAGUAUUAGUUAACAAUCAAUUUCAGACAUCGGAUCCAUUCGUUUAUGCUCUCGGUAAAUUUGUAAAACAUACGGAGCCACCUAAUCAUCAGUAUCUCUUUGUAAAUCCGAAGGAAGCAGUUACGAAGCUAAUGGUUUAUCUUGGUUGGAAUAGUGAACCGAAAGAAGUCGAAGAGAAAUUCUCGAUGCCCGCUUACUUUCAAGCUCAAUUACCAAUGGGUUAUUAUAUGGUCAAACUUGUAUCGCCCAAACGAUAUUUGGCACGUCACUUAAGCAACGAAUACGGUUUUCGCAUGACUACCUAUGAAAACAGAGAAUUUGCCAGAGUACGUCUUACAAAUCUAGGCUAUGUUGAGGAAAUUGUUGUUGUUACCGAGAAGUUUCAAGAUUUCGAUUUUUUAAAAUACUUUUGCGGUCGACAUGAACUUCUCUUAAACAAUCUAAAAGCUCGUUGGUAUUUAAAAGAAAUUACAAAUUUUGUUGAUUUCUUUCAAGAGCCCUGGGUUGAGCUUAUAAUGAAUGAUCAUUUCAAAAAAUUGCAAGAAUAUAAUAAACAGCUUAUAAAGCCAGCCGUAGAAGAAGUCAUGAGCUUGAAUUUGAGCCGCGAACAACGUUUUAAAGUUAUGCAAAAUUAUGCCAACGAUUUUGGCAUUACAGCUCGUUUGGAAGAGGCCGUUCUACUCUUCUUACAAGAACAUCGCGAAGAGUUUCAUACUGAAUUUGCUUUACCCCAAGAUUUCCCGAAUAUAAGCGAAGACACAGAACCAAUCUAA